GUUGCAAGAGCACAGGAGAAGGAGAGAGAGGAACAAGAAGACGGAACCUUGAGGACCGUAGAAUAGUGGGAGAGUUUAGGGACCUAAAACACCUCAGACAUCCAGUGGAGGAGAAGUGAAGGACACAUGCUGGAGAAACCUCCUAUGCUCCUCACGUAGAACUGUCAUCAGGUUAGGAAACCACAGUGUUUUGGAGAAGGAUUCGCCGUCGCUGCUUCUGCCCACAUCCCUCCGGUCGUCAUCAUGGCCACCCUGAAGGAGAAGAGGACCUGCGGCCAGCGCUGUGAAGACUUUGGCCACUUCGUCUGGAACUCUGACAAUGGGACAUUUAUGGGCCGAACACCAGUGAAAUGGGUCUACAUUAGUCUGUACUAUGUGGCCUUCUAUGUGGUGAUGACCAGCCUGUUCUGUCUGGCCAUCUGGGUACUGUUGUACACUCUGAGCCCCUACGAACCGGACUACCAAGACCGACUCAUAUCACCAGGGGUGAUGGUGUGGCCAGAUUCAUAUGGAGAGGAUGAUGUGGAGAUCACCUACAAUAUGUCAGACACAUCUUGCUGGACAAAGAAGUCCAACUGCCUCAAACACUUCCUGCACCCCUACAACGAUGAUAUACAGAUGCACACAAACCACUACAACUGCACCAAAGACCAGUACUUCAUACAGGACCAUUUCCUGGCGCCAAAUCACACCAAGUGGUCAUGUCCCUUCACCCAGAGCAUGCUGGGACCGUGCUCUGGCCUGAAUGACACCUCCUUCGGCUACAAGACCUCAAUGCCAUGCGUCAUUAUUAAGAUGAACAGGGUCAUCAACUUUCUCCCAAACAAUGGGACAGGCAUGCCCCCGCAUGUGAACUGCACUGUGCUGAGCGGAAAGGAAAACGUGCACAACAUUGAGUACUUUCCCACCAAUGGAACCCUAGACCUCUCCUACUUCCCCUACUAUGGCAAACUGGCCCAGCCCACCUACAUCAACCCUCUGGUUGCGGUCCGCUUCACUCUAAAGGGUCACAUGACGGCUAAGCUCCAAUGCCGGGUGGAGGCCCACAACAUCGCCUACCAGAAUAUCCACGACCCCAACGAAGGCAAGGUGGUCUUCUACCUCACGGCUGAAAGAUAGGACAACACUAGAAAAUGUGUGUUACUCAUCCAUAUGUAAAGAAUAAAACAAGGAAAAGGGAGGUUUUUCUAACCUGGCAACCCUUCCACCAAAACAUUAAUGAGAAACACUAUGAGGGGUACUGUAACUUCGUAAUGUAAGCAUGACUUGAACUUGUACAAAAGUAAUGCACAUCAAUGAAAAUCUGUGUUAAACUGGGUAUUAUAUAUACUGUAAUACUGAAUGCUUUGCAAUCUAUAAUGAUUUUAACAGUUUUAACAAUUUUCACAUACAUUUGUUUCAUUAUGAAAUUGUAUACAAAGUAGGAAGAGAAUGUAAAAAUACAGACAUUAUAUAUAAAUCAAAAAUUUGUCUUGGUUCACUGAAGUACAGAAAUAUGCAACAUUUCGUGACGUUUCCUGAAUGGAGAACUGUGUGUGCUUCUCUAUCCCCUGGGAUUGACAUGCUAAUAGGAUGAUAAUGAUGAUGAGUUUGUUUAUAUUCCUGCUGACUGCAGGGUCUGUGCUGGUGAUCAGCUUACACGCACCGCACACAAGCAUGUACACACACACAGAGUUGGACACAGAACUCCUCUCCCUCUCCCUCUCCCUCACAGAUAACACCACCCUCUACUGUAGAAGAACAGACAUCUACGCACCUCCAACACUUCCAGACUACAAGAGGGAAAUACAAAAUAUACCUUCAGAAUAACCCUAUCUUUAUUUAUAAAUAUGCACAUAUUUCCCAAAACAUGUCAUACAUCAUGGUAUGAUUGGAUGCAUAUUAUAAUAUAAUAAAAAAUAUAUCAAGAAAAGAAGAGGAAAAUAUAAAAAGACAAAAACCUCUUUGUGCUUGGUGCCCCACCACUUACAUUAAUCUAUAUAUAGACUGUUAGGUAGAUACAUAAAUAUAAACAUCAAUAAAUCCAGUCAGUCUACCGAGCACGUAAUAGUGAACAAUAGAGAUGUAGACAAAUAUUGCGAAGGCAGGAAUUUGACCUGGUAAUAUAUAGUGCCGUCAAUGCUCAACCGUCACUGGAAUGAUACAAAUAAACAAUAUUAAGACAAACAAAAUGAUGAAACAAACAGUAUACAGUAUUAAUUGUCAUAGGAGUGCAAUAAACGCAUAGUAUGCAAAGCCCUGAAAGUAUGUGUGGGUCAGUGUUAUGCCUGGAAUAUUCCGCCACACGUCUCUACAGCUUGACAUUCAAAUACAGCAGAUAGAAAGUUACAUUGGAAUGGAAAGAUGAGUAUUCCUUCAUAUCCUUUUGGGAUGAUGUGGGACAUAUAAAUAUGUUCGGUGUUCAGUAGCCGUAGAAAUUAUGGAAUACAUUUGAACGGGCAGAAUUCUACAGUCAUACAAUUCUGAACUUAUCUCCAUGAUUCAGCAUUUAUAUCUAAAAUUUGGUCCAGGCUAUACAGACUCAUACAACACAAGCAGACUUCUUAGACCUAACAUAUUGCUUUGACCCUAAAUCUAUGCACCAUCAACAUGAUGACACAAAACCAAAACCAC